AUGCCUACUCCUAGAUUUAAUAAUAGUAAUACUAAUCAGUAUUACAUGAAAACAGAUAUGUCCAACAAUGUUGUCGGGCUAUCGACUAUUGACUCAACAAUGGUCUACUUUACAAUACAAAGCUUAUGGAUUUUCAAAUGUCACAGAGAAAAUGAGACACCUUCUCAUUAUGGGACUGUUCUGAAUGUCCAUCAACAACAGAUGUCACAGGGUGAUGGUUAUGGGAGUAGCACCACUGAUUCUUCUCGAAUCGGAAACUUUUAUGUUCCCACAACCUCAAAUACAUCAAUGAUGAAUAAUCAAAGUUCCUCUCAAAGUUCCUGCAUCAGGAAUGACAAGGGGGACACACUGACUGCAUUAUACUACCACAUUGUUAAGUCGUUGACCAACACAACUGUAAAAGCCUCAUGCCAGUUUCAUAUAAAACUUUCUGAAAAGAUGAGCAUAGUCAGUCACCAUACUGUCAGAUUUAAUUUGGAAAUAUGUGGUGUAGUUUGCAGAAAGAACAACACAUGGAUGACCCUUGCAGCUCGGUUUGUUGUUGUGAUCCAAACACCAUGGUCCAGUCCUUGUGAUUGCCCUCAACAUUGCAUUCUUGAAAGCAGUAGUCCCACACUUGGCUUAAAUCUAAUUGGAGAAGGAACAAAAUCCCAAUUCCGGAUUGCUAGGGCCCACUUUUGUAGUUCCUCUGUCCUGGAAUUAGGAAGCGAUCCGAUGUACUCAAUUGAACGCCUUCGCGAAGAGAAUGAUGCGGUUAUUUUAGCAGUUGGGGCAACAAAGCCACGAGACCUCCCUGUUCCAGGACGUGAGCUCUCAGGUGUGCAUUUUGCAAUGGAAUUUCUACAUGCGAAUACUAAAAGCUUAUUGGAUAGCAAUCUUGAAGAUGGAAACUAUAUGAGAGGAACCAAACAUAGCGCAUUGUACUCUCAUUUAUUUUCUAACGAUAACAAUAUAAUUCCAUUUUCUUAA